AUGCUUCUCAUUGUUAUCAACGUUAUUGCCUUCAAUGUAUCAGUGUAUUCAUUCACAAUUCCAUUUCCAUCCGAAUCAACCUUUGAAUCUCUUCAACGAAAAUAUUCAUUCAAACUUUCUUGUCCAUGUUCACAAACUGCAGUUUCCUUUUCCAAAUUUCUCUCAAUCGAGCCAAAUGCAUAUCAUCAAAUCUGUUCAAGUGACUUUGUUUCGUUUAACUUCUCGAAAAUUCUUUGGGGAUCUGAUGGAAGCCACAUGUAUUUUAUACCCAUGGACGGUAAAGUGUUGAGUACACAAUUUCGGCUGCUGGUAGAUUUAUGUUCUCUUGCAAAGAGCACCGUUGAGGAAAGGAUACGAACACUAUCGGCUCGAGAACUCGUCACUCUCGAGCCAUUAUCACGACGCUCAUUCAAUGAUCAAAUUCACUCGAUUGUGAGCAAUUUUAUACGAGAAACGCCUCGUGAUUUUCGGCGAACACAUCAAUAUGUCAAUGACAUGCUUCAUGCUAAUCAAUUUCAAACUUUUCUCUCGACAAAUUGGAAUCUAGUAACAACAUCUGUUGGAAAAUUACACAAGUUCUCGACAAGUCCAGUUUCAGUAAAUGAAAGUGGCCAGUUCUGUUCAUGUGAGACUUCCUCAACAUGUACAAGGUCGAAGCUGAAGAAUAUAAAGAACAACCAAUCAACAUUCGUCGGUCUCGUUGUCGGAUGUUUACCUGUUCAUGGCCUUCGACUUUCAACUCUCGAAUGCUUUUACAGUUCAGGAUGCUUGAAGGCAUUAGCUAUAUUUGUCAACAGUUCAUUGGUUCUGUCGCCUUUGAAGCGAUCGAUUCCUAGUCGUUUCACACCAAUCUCAUCAACACCGAUCGGUACUCUGAUCGAUGAGUUGUUCAUCGAAUCAUGGCAGAAUUCGUCUAAUUAUUCGAGUUAUUACUUGAUAUGUGCACCAUCGAACUGUCGAUAUACAUAUGUCGAACGAAAUGGUUUUGUAUACACGUUGACUACGAUUCUUGGUUUAUAUGGUGGAUUGACUGAAGGAUUGCCUAUCGUUAUUUGGGGCAGUCUGCGGGUGUAUUGGAACAUUCGUGAGCGAAUCAAGAGACAUCGACGUAUUGCACCUAUAAACAGUGACUGA